AUGACUUCAACAACUCUACAAAAAAGUACUCAAGUAGUAGGCACAAAAGUUGCCAAAACUCUCAAGUUGCUUGAACACAAAAACGUCAAAGAAGAUUUCACGAAGUUAUAUCAAGGCAAAGUUAUUCAUGCUAUUUCGGUAGAUUAUCCAGAAACCGGCGAUAACGAUAAUCUCCAAACAAAAUUCGUGGGCGGAUAUAAUCAUGGAUUUGUCGCUGCAAUUCACGAAGCAUAUAAUCACCAUCAACAUCUUCGUCUCAAACCAGAUGAUGUAUGGUUAACUAUCGCACAGGGUGUUAGCAAACAUAUUAAUUUUAACGCUGAAAGAUUUCGUAGUUAUUUUGUUGAACAUCAAGGAAAAAAAUUGAUUGAUGUCUUUGCUGGUGAUGUUUUAACAUUUAAUAACAACCUUCUUGAAGGUGAUUGGCCUGAAGUUAUUCAUCGUCUCGAAAAUAAAACUUCGGAGAAUAUCAAAAAAGUAGAUCUCUCAAAAAUUCUAGAGUGUGAUUUCUCAACCAGUUCAAUGGCAGCAAAAACAGCAAGUCGUGUCAUUCUUUUAGAUGCGUUAAAAAAAUAUUUCGACUACAAAAUUUCUACCUUAUGUGGUAUUCCAAAAGUGACUUUGGAAGGUUCUCUAGAAGACUGGACUCAUAUUCAAGAAAAAGUCGUAAAACUUCGUGAUCUUGGUCUGGAUAUGGAUUUUUGGCUUGAUCGUCUUGAUCCAGUUAUUUGGAAACUAGUCGCCACUUAUCGUGGAGAAAUCGACGAAGAAUUUUGGAGCAAAGUGUUUUCGAGAACGGGUGGUGGAUCUGGUUCGCCAAUUUGCUGGACCGGGUGGAUUUCAGCAUUCUUUCCAUAUGAUAAAUAUGGUAAUAAAAUAACAACAAACAAAAUUAAGACCAGUGCUGUACCGGAUGGAGGAGUUAUCGUGCCUUUCACUACUGACCUAGGUCUAGACUUGAGUUUUUCUGCCGGUUUUUUGGGUGCCAGACAAGAGCUUGUCGGAAGUGGAGACGAUGCUGAAGUUUAUGUUUCUUCUUUGAUUGGGUGGUUCGUUAUUGACCGUGUUGACGAAGAUGAAAAUGAAAAGAGAUCCAAAUUUUUGUAUUGA